AUGUCACCUUCACACAGCUCGUCAUGGUUCAGCAACGUGGAGAUGGGCCCACCGGACGCCAUUCUCGGCAUCACCGAGGCGUACAAGGCGGACACCAACCCGAAGAAGGUCAACCUCGGCGUAGGCGCCUACCGCAAUGACCAGGGCAAGCCGCACGUGCUGCCCAGCGUGAUCAAGGCGGAGGAGAAGAUCAGCGAAAUGAACCUCGACCACGAGUACCUGCCCAUUUCCGGUCUGGCCGAAUUCACCGCCGCCUCCGCCAAGUUGGCCUUUGGUGAGAAGAGCCGAGUGAUUAGCCAGAAGUUGAACGCCACCGUGCAGGGCAUCUCCGGCACCGGCUCGCUCGCCAUUGGCGCCUUCUUUCUGCGAGACUUUCACCAAGGUCCAAAGGACAUCUACCAGCCGACGCCCACCUGGGGCAACCACGUGCCGCUUUUCAAACGGGCGGGCUUCAACGUGAAGCAGUACCGCUACUACGACCCAAAGACCUGCGGCUUUGACUUUUCCGGCGCCCUGCAGGACAUUGCCAAGAUUCCCGAGAAGUCGGUCAUACUUCUGCACGCCUGCGCCCACAACCCCACCGGUGUUGAUCCCAAGCUGGACCAGUGGAAGGAGCUGUCGAACCUGAUCAAGCAGCGCAACCUCUUUCCCUUCUUCGACAUGGCCUACCAGGGCUUCGCCACCGGAGACAUUGACCGCGACGCCGCCGCCGUCCGCCUCUUCAUCGAAGAUGGCCACCAGCUGGUGCUGGCGCAGUCCUACGCGAAGAACAUGGGCCUCUACGGCGAGCGCAUCGGCGCCUUCUCCGUGGUGGCCGGCAGCUCGGAGGAGGCGGCCAAGGUGAUGUCCCAGCUGAAGAUCAUCAUCCGCCCGCUGUACUCGAACCCGCCGGUGCACGGCGCCCGCAUCGCCGCCAUGAUCCUCAACGACGCCGCCCUGCGCACCCAGUGGCUGAAGGACGUGAAGGAGAUGGCGCAGCGCAUCAUCUCCAUGCGCACCAAGCUGCGCGCGGUGAUUGAGGGCGAGGGCAGCACCCGCAACUGGCAGCACAUCACCGACCAGAUUGGCAUGUUCUGCUUCACCGGCAUGGACAAGGAGCAGGUGGAGCGGCUGACGAAGGAGUACAGCAUCUACCUGACGAAGGAUGGGCGCAUCAGCAUGGCCGGCGUCACCUCGGGCAAUGUGGAGUACCUGGGCAAGGCGAUGGCCAAGAUUACCAAGUAA